UCUUUUCUUUCUACAUUCCUCUUGUAGCUUUUAAAGUGUUUUUAGGUUGAGUUUGUAUUCUUCUAGUUAGUCAAGUAAUGUGAAUUUAGCUUGCUUUUGGUUAUAUAUUACCGUCCUUUGUUUGCAUUUGGCUAUUUAUGUCUAAUCUAGCCCACCAUCCGUCCUAAGACCAAAGAUCUAAGGAGGCCACUUCCAUUGUAGGAUAUCAAGACCAUGCCUUGGCUCUUCUAUGUCUGUUGAUUGAUUCUUUCGAAUUCAAGCCUUAUGGGAAUUUGAUGAGCUGCUUUCUCCACAGAUGAUGCUGGGCAUUGGCACUUAUGGAUUACUGUCCUAGCCAAAAUCUUUUCAGUUCUCUUCUCUCAUUCUAUUUUCGUUUUGCCUUUUCCUUGUAUAUUCUUUGCAAUUGAGUCAAUUGACUGGAAAAGAGAGAAAAGAAAUGGGCAAGAGAUGUUCUAGUUUGGGCCAAGGUCCAAAGCAGAUGCUCCUUUUUCCUUUUAUAAUGGCCUUUUAAUUGUAUACCCUGUGAUCGUUUUAUUGCAUGGAGUCAUGGAUAUGUUGCUAGAUUUUGAGCAGUUCCUGCGCCCCCUCCCAAGCGCCGGACAUAAGUUUGCUGCUGAAAACUCCAUGGCCGCAGGUUUCGUCUUUGAAGCUCCCAGCGAUGAGGAGCCCGAGCUCUCACAACCUGAAGAAGAAGAAGACGACGAUGAUGAAGAAGCAGAAAAAGAAGGUGGUGAAGAAGUUGAAGAUAAAGCAGCAAAAUCCAAACGCCAAAAACAAUCUCCCUGGGACUUCGCUUCUUAUUCCGAAUCCGUCGCAGAAGAACACGCACGCCGCGGCACUACCUCCAUCGACUUCAAAAUCUCCAAAGUUCUCCAGCAGAGAUCCACUCCUGCGGACGAUGAGACUUCCGAUUCUGAACCUGACAAACAAGAGGAUUAUAGAUCGGAAGAUGAAGAUGAUGACAGGAGUAACGCCGGGGACAGCAAGUCCUUCUUUGCUUCUUCUGAAGGGGCGUCGUUCCAUGCGAAUUCGUUUAUGGAGCUAAAUCUUUCUCGUCCUUUGCUUCGAGCUUGCGAGGCUUUGGGAUACACGAAGCCUACUCCCAUCCAGGCGGCCUGUAUACCAUUAGCCUUGACUGGACGUGAUAUAUGCGGUAGUGCUAUUACUGGUUCUGGGAAGACAGCUGCCUAUGCAUUACCUACGCUAGAAAGGCUGUUGUUCCGCCCAAAACGGGUUGCGGCAAUAAGAGUGCUUAUUCUUACUCCAGCAAGAGAGUUGGCAGUCCAGGUUCAUAGCAUGAUAGAGAAACUUGCUCAGUUCACUGAUAUAAGAUGUUGCUUGGUUGUUGGUGGACUUUCAUUAAAGGUGCAAGAAGCAGCUUUGAGGUCAAUGCCUGAUAUUGUUGUGGCUACUCCUGGACGCAUGAUAGACCAUUUACGCAAUUCUAUGUCUGUGGAUUUGGAUGAUCUUGCAGUCUUAAUUCUUGAUGAAGCAGAUCGUCUUCUGGAGCUUGGAUUCAGUGCUGAAAUCCAUGAGCUUGUUCGCCAAUGUCCCAAAAGGAGACAAACACUGCUGUUUUCAGCUACAAUGACAGAAGAGGUUGAUGAGCUUGUCAAGCUUUCUCUGACCCGACCAUUACGUCUCUCUGCUGACCCAUCUGCAAAACGUCCAUCAACAUUGACUGAAGAGGUUGUUAGGAUACGUCGGAUGCGUGAAGUAAAUCAGGAAGCUGUUCUUCUUUCACUGUGCACAAAGACCUUUACAUCCAGAGUGAUCAUCUUCAGUGGAACCAAGCAAACUGCACAUAGGUUGAAGAUUUUAUUUCAGUUGGCUGGCCUUCAAGCUGCUGAGCUUCAUGGGGAUCUUACUCAAGUCCAGCGUCUUGAUGCCUUGGAGCGUUUUAGGAAACAACAGGUUGAUUUUUUGAUUGCAACUGAUGUGGCUGCACGUGGACUUGAUAUAAUUGGAGUUCAAACAGUUAUAAAUUAUGCUUGCCCUCGUGACAUUACAAGCUAUGUUCACCGAGUGGGCCGUACAGCAAGAGCUGGCAGAGAAGGAUAUGCUGUUACAUUUGUGACAGACAAUGACCGUUCUCUAUUAAAAGCUAUUGCAAAGAGAGUUGGUUCGAAGUUGAAGAGUCGUAUUGUUGCAGAGCAAUCAAUUGCCAAGUGGUCUCAAAAAAUUGAGGAGAUGGAAGAUAAAGUGGCUGAAGUUCUUGAAGAAGAGAGGGCAGAACGAGUACUGAGGAAAGCUGAAAUGGAAGCAACGAAGGCUGAAAAUAUGAUUGCCCAUAAGGAUGAUAUUUAUUCACGCCCUAAAAGGACCUGGUUUAUGACAGAAAAGGAGAAAAAGGUUGUAGCAAAGGCUGCAAAGGAGUCUAAGGAAAAAGAUAACGGUUCUGCAAAUGUUGUCAUGAGUGCCCAACAAGCUGAGGAUCUUAAGUUGAAGGAAAAGAGGAAGAGAGAUCGCGAGAAAAACUUGCCCCGGAAAAAACGUCGAAAACUAGAAGCAGCUAGAGAGAUGUUGGAGGAUGAAAGUAAAAUUGACAAAUCAGUAGAAAAUGAAAAGUUAGGGUAAACUGAAUCUUAUAGCUCAAAACACGUACUCUUCCCUUUUAUCUGCUUCCCAUGUUUUUCUCUGUAUUGAUUGAUGCUUUAAUCUUUAACUUUGAGCUUGCUUUUUCAAGUUUUCCAAAUUCUUUAUUUUAAAUCUAGACAUCAUGCAAGGGAAAAGGAAAGCCCCAUACUUUAUUAAAUUCAUGUUAGAUGC